AUUGCGCUUGAAAAUAGCAUCCGAAAGGGUCGAGGCCAUGUCUAAAGGUCCCGACGACGAAGGUUUGAUUUUCGAAACCUCCGAGGAUGUGGAGGUCUUGCCAUUCGAUGCUCUGGGCCUGAAAGAUUUGCUUCGAGGUGCUUAUGCCUACGGUUUUGAGCGACCAUCCGCCGUGCAGCAGCGCAGCAGCGUGCCGAGAUGUCAUCGUCCAACCUCAGAGUGGAACAGGAAAGACGUGCGUGUUCUGCUUGGGAGCCUUGCUGAGUGUUGACACCACCUCUCGAGAGCCCCAGGUGUUGUUCCACACGAGAACUGGCAGGUGACUACCUGAACGUUCAGGUGCACUUGUGCAUCGGAGGCAAGCAUGUCUCUACAUGAUUAUUCAGCGACAUUUCAGCACCCGUCACAUCAAGAUGCUGGUGCUGGAUGAGGCUGAUGAGAUGCUCAAUGGGGGCUUCAAGGAACAAGUCUAUGACAUCUAAUUACAGAUACCUUCCACCUUCCACGCAGGUGGUUCUGGUUUCAGCGACCAUGCCGCAUGAAGCUGGGGAUGACGCGCAAAUUUAUGAACAACCCCAUCCACGUUUUGGUCAAGCGCGAUGAGUUGACUCUGGAAGGAAUCAAGCAAUUCUUCGUCGAUGUGGAGCGCGAGCAGUGGAAAAUCGAUACCUUUUGCGACCUGUUUGAUACCCACGCAGGCAUUGAUUUUCUGCAACACUCCGCAGAAGAUAGAUUGGUUGGCCUCAAAGAUGCUGCCAAAAAAUCACAUCCAUGGUGAUAUGCCUCGGAAGAAGAGAGAUGCCAUGCAAGAGUUCCGCUCUGGUUCCAGCCGCGUGUUGAUUUUGACGGACUCCUGGGGUCGUGGUUUGGAUGUGUGGCAGGUGUCCGUGGUGGCUAUGACUUGCCCAACAAUCGCGAGUUGUACAUCCACCGCAUUGGCCGCAGUGGAGAAGAAUGACAUCCGUAUUCUUCGCGAUAUCGAGCAGUUCUACUCCACACAGAUCGAUGAGAUGCCAAUGAAUGUGGCAGACCUCAUCUAGUCAUCCCCAGGCACAUUGCAUCAGAUUGCAGCUGCCUGGCAACGGUUUGGCAUGAGCUUGUGUAGAAUAAGCAGCCAAGGGUUGCGUCUUGCAAAGUGUCGGGAAGCAAUAUAGUGAGACGAAUCUUAAUCUACGGACAAGAUUUAC